CACAACAGAAAAAGGUUUUAAAGACGUGUCCAUAUCGUUACAUUACAUAUUUAUAUACGCACGAUAUUUUACACGGAAUUGACACAAGCAGUCACCCUAAUCCAUAGCAAAGUGUCCGCCGAUAAGUGAUAAGUAACGAAAGAAAAUGCCUUUGAGCAUUGCUAUAAGGCGUCUCUGCUCUGAGGUGUCUCUGCUCAGCCAUUGUACCACAAUAUUUUACACUAUUAGUAUUCAGCUAUACCUUUUUCUUCAUACUUUAUCGUAUCUUUGCAAUCUAAUUUUUCUUGAUAUGCAGAUAAUUAUAUCGACAUACACUAGCAAAGGCGUAGGAGGCAUAGGGGCUGGGAGAGUUUGAGCCCCCCAAAUCAGGCAAAAUUUAUCAAAUUUCAAUGUCCAUUUGGGCAAUUUUGGGUCAAUAAAGCAACAAUAUUCGGGCAAGAUCAAUACUAAGCCCCCCCCCCCAAAGCCUCUACUACGCCCAUGUAUACAAGAACUGCAAAAGUGGCCAGUUUAGGGAGUUAGUCCCGAAAGGCUUCGCAGGAUGCACGUAAAACCACUUUGUUCAGCACCCUGUCGAAAUAACAAGCUUUCAGCCCCUCCCCAAUCCGCAAUAUACCCAACACUUCCCUAAACAUAUAUGACUCAAUCAGUUGGGCUUCAUGUUGAGUCAAGAGAGUUGAUAAGCUGGGCUUCUGAAUUUAAAGCCCGCGCAGCUCAUCUUCUCUAUGAAGGAUUCUUUCAUAUGCUAAACUUUUUUCCUUGUUUCACUUAAAAACGACAAUGAAAUCGCUAAAUAAUAUACUGAACCUUAGCAAAAGUUGCAACGAAUUCAUAUCAAUCACUGCCCUUAAGUCUGUCUAAGGUUUUUUCGAUCAAAAUGUUUUUAAAACAACUUCACUUCAGUUGAUGUCAAGUAUAGGCAUGAAUUAUUGAUUCAACUUGAUUAGAUGUGGAUUGUGGAGUGAAAUUCAUUAAAUUUGAAUUGAAAACACGUUAUUGUAGAUAACUCCAAAAUAAGAGAUUUAUCUAUUCUGACAGAAUUCUAUAUGAAAGCUAGUGAAUGUAACAAGACUUUUUUCCAAAGCAUGGCUAAUCUUUGCAAUUUAUUAUUCCACUUGUAGAUGAGACUACUUUCAAAAUUUUUGCUUGUGAAAUCCUUGGCAUUAAGUGGAUGUAAUCGUCUUACAAAAUCAGAGCUGAAAAUUUGAUUUGAUGUAGAUAAAUGUGGCAAACUUGGAUUAGGGCUUUUUACCAGAGUAUUACAGUACUAGAGCAAGAGAUCCUGGCGACUAUCUCAGACCAUCUGGAUAUGCAUGUUCGUCGCUUGUGGCUUCCCAUUGUAUUAUCUUGAGCAAGCUUGUUAGAAAUAUGAUGAUAAAGAUCGGCGAAUUGAAUCUUCUUCUGUUUAUCUUCGUGCAAAUCUUCAAUAUCACACAAUUAUCGUUACUGCUGCAACCAGCUUGAUCACAUCCGCUGCCCUGAACACGAAGGCAAAAGAAACCAUCCAUUUGUAGUUACCAUCUCGAUGCUCACAAGAGAUGAAUUAUCGUGGAGCAAAAUAAGCUGAAAGAGCAACGAAACAAUGAAUCGCUUGUUAUUUGCAACGCUCAUCUCAGCCAUAUCAGUUGGAAUGGCACAACUUGAUUUUGGUGUACGAAGCAAAGUCUUGAGAUGGGUUGAAGUUGCAAUACUAACUACUCCAGCAGAGGACAUAACAGAGUUAAACAAAGCUAUAAUCUCCUGCCAGAAGCUAGUCAACAGAGAAUGGGAGCUACGUCAGAGCAACAGUGACUACGAUACGAUCCGAAUAAACGUCGGAAAGGUGUCAGUGCCUUCAGAAAGCCUUUUUGAUCAAGAAAUACUUGCAAAGAAGGAGCUCGUCUCAGCUGCAUUUAUCAUUGAGGCCUACUCUGUUGACCCAUUUUCAUGUGUACUCAGCGAUCUUCUUGGGAUUCCACAAAUCACCCUCACAGAUGAACACAACCCGUCGUGCAAAAAUGUCCUAAGCAUGAGACCGGACACUGCCCAGCUAUACGACUCAACAUUAGCAAUGAUAAGAAGGUCGCAGUCACGAAUCGUUGCCGUUAUUAUUGAAGAUUCGAUGGGAGAGACUGCAAUAAAAUUCAUGUCUCAAGGAAAGCUGUCACAGCGUUUCCCUUUUCAAGUCGUUGGAAAAGUGAAUUUCAAAAAGCCUGAAACACUUAGCAAGGCGAUUAGAAAAUUGAGGGAUUCUGGUAUAAAAAGAGUUUUGAUGAUGAUGCAUAGUCGUCAUGCUGAAGCUGUUUUGGCCGAGGUUAGAAAUCAAGGCCUUGAGUUAGAUGACUACAAAUGGUUUCUUCCACUUAUGGAAUUUUCAGUUGGUCUUGUAAAUAUCCAUCGGUUGUUUAAUGUUGCCGGAGUCCGGAUCCCAUCAAAUCAGCCAAAGACAAAUGUCAACGGACAAUGUAACUACCCAGCGCUAUAUGACGCCUUCAACUUGGUGUUAAAUGCUUCAGUACAGUUUUCGAAAAUCGAGAAAUUUCUGGAAAUAAAAGCCAGAGACAGAGACAGAGUUGAUAAAAACUUUUGCCCUUCAAAAGAAGAGCACGAUUAUGGGAUGGAGUUGCUGCAAAUUGCUAAAAAGAUUACAUUUCAUGGAAGGACAGGUAAUGUCCGUUUCUUAAAAUCCGGAUAUAGAGAUGUUUCUGAUUUGGAAGCGACUGAAAUCAAAGAAGGCGGAAAUAUAGAGAAGCUUGGUAUUUGGUCAUCACAAUGUAAAAAGAUGAUUUGGAAUCCAAAUGCUAAAGACGAUCGAAAGCUGGUCGAGUCAGGAUGCAGGGUGAUUGAAGAGUCUUCAGGAAAGCAUACGGAUUUUCAACCACAAAAUACACAUUUGAGGGUUGUGACCAGCGAGGGCCCUCCGUUCAUUUUCUAUGAUCCUGCAAAAAGUCAGCUCGGAAACGAAGCCUUUCAGGGGUUUUGCAAAGACCUCAUUGAUAAGCUCUCCAAGGACUUGAAUUUCACGUACCAGAUGUAUAUUGUCACUCCUGGGAACUAUGGUGGCUCUUCGUCUAAUGGAACUUCCAAUGGAAUGAUCAGGGAUUUGAUCAGGAAGGACGCUGAUAUUGCUAUUGGCUCCUUGACAAUCACGGCAGAGAGAGAAAAAGCGAUUGAUUUCACAAAACCAUUCAUGGAUUUCACAAUGAGCUUGAUCAUGAAGAAGCCACCUGAGGCUGAAGUCAACUUUUUCACGUUUUUGCUUCCUUUUCAACUUGAAUUAUGGCUUUCAGUACUGGCAAUGAUUGCCGCUGCCGGAUUUUCUCUUUACAUUCUGGAUCGAUACAGCCCUGAUGGAUUCAGAUUAAAAGCCGUUAAAAAAGGAGAAGGUACUGGAGAAGAAUUCAACCUUGGAAACUGCCUCUGGUUCAUGACAGCCUCAUUUUUACAACAAGGUCCUGAUUACACUCCACGUGGUGCUGGAGGGAGGGUUCUCUCUGCCUCGUUUUGGUUCUUCUGUAUCAUUAUUGUCUCAACAUAUACAGCCAACCUUGCUGCCUUCUUCACAAAAAAAAGUAUGGAGACCUCAAUUAAGUCCUUGGAGGACUUGGCCAAACAAGAUGACAUUGCGUACGGUGUUCUGGAUGGCGGGCAGACGCAAUCCUUCUUUAAAAACUCAAAAAUCCCGCUGUACAGAAAGAUGUUUGGACAGAUGCAGACGAAGCAGUCUUUUGCAACAUCGACCUCUAGUGCUAUUAAGGAUGUUAGAAGAGGGGGAUAUGCUUACCUAACGGAACAUCCUAUGCUGAGUUAUCACAACCAACAAAGCCCAUGUGAUACCGUGUUGCUAAGGAACCUUCUUGAAGCGAAGAGUUACGGCUUAGGCCUAAGGAUUGACUCAGAAUGGACGAACCCGCUUUCUGUUCAAAUUCUCAUGCUGAGAGAGAAAGGCGUUGUUGAGCAAAUGAGACGAAAAUGGUGGGAUCAAAAGUCGUCAUGCCCAGUUGAAACUGAGGCAACAGUGAAAAAGAGCACAGCCAUGGACUUCAUGAGUUUAGCUGGAGUUUAUAUCAUUCUUGCAUGCGGUGUUGCUGUUGCUUUCAUCUUGCUUUUCAUUGAAGUCAAAUAUCCCGGUCUGCUAAAAAGGAAACCAAAGGACCCGCUAAAGGGAAAGCGAAGCUCUGAAUUUGUGACAAAGAAUGGGAUAUUUAACGGGGAUCACAAGAAAUAUCUUGAUGCCGUUGAUAGUGGCCUUGUCAAGCCUGCGCAAUUUACAACUGAUGAGGACUACCACACAAGCACAAAGGACUACGACUAUGCGACGAAGAAGUACUUUGAUAGCCUUCGUUCCAAUAAGCACUACAGAGAGUAAUCUGUCGAGCAUUAGAGCGAUACUCGUCUCUCCACAAGGUUCCUUACCGUCACCCAUGCUAUUUAUUGCUUCUGAUUUUGAGAAUGGGCUAUAAAACUAUUUUACAUAUUGAAAAAAAAGACUUUUCAGUUUUGUUUUAUACGAUGUUGCAAAUUUCAAUUUCCAAAUUAACUGAUACCAUACCAGAAAAAAUGCAUCCAAAUUAACAGCAUAGUGAGCAGUAAAUAAAAAAGAGUUGAAAUUUCAACAUCACUGAUGCCUUUCUGUAGCCAUUCUGCUAUUCACAACGAAAGGUUUGAGCUAGAGUAUCUUUUGUCACUCUAUUCCUAUCGACAUUCAUUAGCCUUACAUGAUAUUUCGAGUAACUGUAUGUCGUGUAUAAAAUGUGUUUGAACAAAAUGCGAAAUCUUUUGAAUGUGAUUUUGUGUAUUUUGAAGGAAUACAUUCCACCCUGUUAGCUCCCAGUUCAAAUUUGUCCCAAAUAGAUAUGUUGCCUUUAGCUCGCCAUUGUCAUGUCUACCUGCUUUUAUUUUCACUAAACUAGAACUUUAAACGAUGUGAACCUUUUGAUGAUCAAAAUUGCUUAAGCCAAUGUCAUUGUUGUCUUUAUCCGUCCAAACCUCUAAAUGUAGAAAACAAUGCAACAUAGCAAAAUCUCAUUCGACAUAAAUUUUAAAAUAAAGAACAGACUGAAGCAAAAAUGAAACAAUUUUGUGUCAAAAUUUCAUAUCUGAAGCCAUUAAUAAGCAACAAUUAAAAAAAGGCACUUUCUACAUUUAUAAUGAUCCCAGUCUGAUUUAAUUAUGUGUUGUUGGACUAUAUGUUGAAUGUUGCCUUUAUGAAUAUCAGUCUUCACACAAUCAAAAUCGUGAAAUUGCCACAUCCGAUUACGUUUUAAAUGUCAUUGGUGGUUUAAAUCUUGAUAGCAUCACCAACAGCGCCCACUUUAACCUUGCCCUGUCCCAGAAUCGACCCCUUCUUUCAUAAUCACCUAAACUUUGUUGUCAUAAAAGCUUGUUGAUAUAUUAAAUAAAAAAACAAUUUGAUCCUGUUCGAUUCAGUAUUUCAUAACCCGCACACAAAUAUAAUAUAUACGUGUGUGAAUUAGCACCUUACUUUUGUCACUGUGCUUUUGUGAAUAAAAGUAUAUAUGUAAAACAAUGUUUGUUCAGAAAGACAGACGAUUGGUAGUGCUUCAGUGGAUCGUAUAAAUAACAUGCUUUCAAGAAUGCAUUUUGUUGCGUUUCUU